AUGACACUUGCCGCUGCCAAUAUUAAAUACAUCUUUGGAUUAAAGACAAACAUAACCAAUAACAUAUUUUACCAAGAUGAACGUACGGUAUUAUACGCUUGUGGCCGCCAUUGCAUUUUACUCCACACAGACAACAAAACGCAAAAAUACAUCACAGCUUCCGACAAAGGAUUAAGCCUAACAGCAAUGGCUAUGAGUCCAAACCGUUCAUACUUGGCUGUGGCGCUCAAAUGUGAACGACCGAUCAUAAACAUUUUUGAUUUGUCCACACUCCGCCGACGAAAAACACUAAAUACUAAUGAUGCUACUUCUGAUGAGAUUAUAAGCUUGUCGUUUUCGUCUGAUUCCCGUUGUGUCGCGGCUCUGACCGGAGAUCCGGCCUGGAUGAUAUUUUGCUGGACAUGGGAGAAAUCAAAACUUCUUGUCACUACCAAAGUGAUGCACAUAGGACCUCUAUAUAGCUUAAUUUUCAACCCGAACGAUUACGCUCACAUGUGUAUUAUUGGCAACGGGAUUUUACGAUCAUUCCGAUUUGUUGAAGGGUCACUAAAACCAUUUAAUUUCCCAAGGAUUGAAACCCAAGACUUCAGAUGUUUCUGUUGGGUUUCUGACGAAAAGUUUCUAAUUGGAACAGCAAAUGGUAAGAUUCUGUAUAUUGAGGGCCGGGAUCAGAAGAAAGAGUUUAAUUUGGAUGUCAAUGACCAAGUUACCGCCAUUGCGAGUUUUUCUAAAGGGUUUGUCUGCGCAUGCGGUCCCGGAUUUGUACACUUCUUUGAUCGUAUUUUCGAAGAACGCGAUUACUACAAAAAGAACAGGCAAACGCUUCUGCUUGGCGACCAUAACGAUGUCAGCCGGCUGCAACAGCAGGUGGUAAAGGGAAUGGCCAUCAGCCCCUCUGAAGAAUUCUUAGUGGUCACUACCGAUAUGAACCAGCUUUACUGGACUCCAAUAUCGACAGAAUUCCUUAACAGACAAAUGAAUCAAACGAGUGGAUUCGAUCUACUUGCUCCUGGUUCGCAUUUCGCACCAAUAACAGGACUCAGUGUUUGUGUAUGGAAGCCUCUAGUCGCAACCUCUUCGGAAGAUUCUUUCAUAAGAAUCUGGAAUUUUGAAAAGUUUACAUUGGAGUUGUCAAAAGAGUUUGUCGGUUCUGUGCACAGCAUUUCAAUCCAUCCAAUGGGCCUGUUUCUUUUGGCUGGGUUGACCGACAAACUUUAUUUGAUGUACAUUUUGAAAGAUGACUUAAAGAAGGUAAAAGAUUUUGCAAUACGUGAAUGUAAUGUAUGCAGUUUUAACCGGGGCGGUCAGUUAUUCGCUGCUGUCAAGGGAAAAGUCAUUCAAAUCUAUUCAUCCGUAACUUUUGAUCUGCUUAUCAAUCUGAAGGGUCAUAACGAUAAAGUGGAAACAGUUAUCUGGAAUGGAGACGAUAGCCGAGUACUGACCUGCGGAUUGGACGGUGCCAUCUAUGACUGGGACUACAAGAGCGGACGGCGAAUUGGUCAGUGUGUGUUGACUACUUGCCGUUAUACAGAUAUCACGACGCAUCUGGGUAACAGGUAUAUAUACGCUGUCGGCUCGGAUCGAACCCUGAAAGAGAUUCUCGAAUCAGACGUCCUCCGAACACUUCCAUUGGAUGACACACUACUCACCUCGAUCGCAAUGUCACGUUCGUGCACAAUGCUUUUUGCUGGUACCAACACUGGCAAUCUGCAGAGUUUUAAGUGCCCAGUUCUUGACGAGACGCUUAAUUACGUUGGCCACAGUAAAGAAAUAUCCAGGAUGGUCUUCACAGACGACGAUCUGAAUUUGAUCACCGUUUCGAAAGACGCAAGCAUGAUUGUUUGGGGUGUUAGGGAGAAAGAUGCAGUCGGUAUCAAGAGAGAAAAGCGGGUUGAUUGGUCGGAAGAGAUAUUGAUUAGCCAAUCAGAGCUGGAAGAGAAGAACAAGAUGCUUUCAGAGCUGAGAAACCGCAUAGAGGAGUUAGAUACUGAAAACGAAUCCAUGCUUCAAGUGAAAGACAUGUAUUACCAGGGAAAGAUGAAGGAAAUGACAAGCAAGUUUAUUCAGGAGAUGGAAGCCCUGAAGACGAAGAACCUUGUUCUGCAGAACGAAAAAAUCAAAGAAGAGACGAGGCAUGAAGAAAAGCUGGCAGAAGUGAUGGAGAGACACAGCCGGGAAUUAGAACGGACCGAGUCGGUCAGCGACAAAAAGCUGGUCAUUGAAUACAACAAAUGCAAGGAGAUCAAGACCAACAUGCUGAAGAUGCAAGAGGAUUACGACAAGCAGAUAAUGGCGAUGGAAGAAAAGGCCAAAAUGGACGAACAGAAUCUUACUGAACAGUUUCAGGAGAAGCUGACUUGUCUAUCGAAUAAAGUGUUGGACGCAGAAAACGAAAACAAAGUUCAAAGAAGCGAAUAUGAAGAAAUUAUCAGACAGAACGAGAAAGACUUUGACACUGAGAUUACCCGCAUGCAGACCCGAUACGAACAAGAGCUUCACAGGGAGAGAAACGUCAAUAAUAAAAUGCAAACAGAAAUAGCCAUCUUGAAGAACCGAUUGCAGUCUUAUCCGAAAGAAAUCAAAGAAUGUCAGGACGAGAACCGUAAAUGCCAAGCCGAGAUUUCGCGUUUGAACAGCAUUAUCAUCGGCCAGGAAAAAGAUAUUCAGAACCUGAGGAAACAACUGCAGAGGGAAGAGCGUUCUCUGCAGGAAGAAGAGGUCGAGUUUUACAAGUCGAAGAUCAAAAAACUCGAGCUGGAGAAACUAAGUCGCGAUGUGGAGUUCUACAAGAUCGACGAACUGAAGAAGCUGAUCGAAGAUCGGGAGAAGGAGACGAUGAACAUGAAACGGCAAAUCAAGGCCAUGCAACGCGAACUGGAGAAUUACAACAAGCAGUUUGUCGACAUGGAGCAGGCAAUCGAAAAUUGGCGGGAAAAGCUCGCUUCCACAACAACUGAGCUCAAUAAGGAGAGGGCCGCUUUGAAAAAGAAGUGUACCAUUCUGAACCGUUUCCAGCGCGACCUGCAUCACUGCACAUCUUUCAUUCAAGACCCGAAAGUGCUCAAAAGCUGCGUCCAGGUUCUGCACCAUAAGUACAUGCACGGUGAUAUGGACACCUCGGAUAGUAUUGAUCCGAAUGUCCAGGAGGAGUGGAACCGGCAGAGGACACAUCUCGAGAACUGCAUCGACAGGAUGCGUAGUCAUUUGAAGAAGAUGCGUAAUCUUUUACACAUUGAACGAGAAAAGAACAGAGCAUUACAAGUUAUCGACUUUUCGAAAUAA